UAGAGAGAGAAAUCUGAAAAGGAGGGACCGAGAGGGAGGUUUGGUAUAUAAGACAUGGAAGCCAAUUCUAAAAGUGCGUCUUCAGUUUGAGAGAGAGAAAGGGGGAAAAUGGCAGAUUCUAGCGAUUCCGUUUCCAUCGAUAUGGAAACGAUCUCUCUUGGCGGCAAGGAGUACCUUGUGAAAACUCGCCAUGGUACGGUUUCUGUUGCUGUGUUUGGAGACCAAGAUAAGCCAGCUCUCAUCACCUAUCCGGAUUUAGCACUAAACCAUGUCUCCUGUUUUCAAGGCUUGUUCUUUUGUCCAGAAGCUAGUUCCAUACUUCUCCACAAUUUCUGCAUAUAUCAUAUAAGUCCUCCUGGGCAUGAGUUGGGAGCUGCCCCAAUCGGUUCUGAUGACCUUAUGCCUUCUGUUGAUGACUUGGCAGAUCAGAUUGUUGAGGUUCUCAAUUUUUUGGGGCUUGGUGCUGUAAUGUGUAUGGGUGUUACAGCUGGAGCAUACAUUCUUACCCUAUUUGCUAUGAAAUACAGGCAACGUGUCCUUGGGUUAAUACUUGUUUCACCCCUCUGCAGAGCGCCCUCAUGGACAGAAUGGUUGUUAAAUAAGGUGAUGUCAAAUUUACUUUAUUUCUAUGGCAUGUGUGGAGUGGUGAAGGAGUUAUUGCUCAAGCGCUACUUCAGUAAGGAAGUUCGUGGUAGUGCUCAAGUACCCGAAUCAGAUAUAGUUCAGGCGUGCAUAAGAUUGCUAGAUGAAAGGCAGAGUAUAAAUGUUUGGCAAUUCCUUGAAGCAAUGAACGGGAGACCUGACCUUAGCGAUGGAUUAAGAAAAUUGCAUUGCCGUUCACUAAUAUUUGUUGGGGAGAACUCUCCGUUCCAUUCUGAGGCUCUUCACAUGACAUCAAAAUUAGAUAGAAGAUAUAGUGCCUUAGUGGAGGUUCAGGCAUGUGGGUCAAUGGUAACAGAGGAGCAGCCUCAUGCCAUGUUGAUACCAAUAGAGUACUUUCUUAUGGGAUACGGCUUAUACAGGCCAACCCUAAGCGUCAGCCCAAGGAGCCCUUUGAGUCCAUCUUGCAUCUCGCCGGAGCUUCUAUCACCAGAAAGCAUGGGCUUGAAGUUAAAACCGAUUAAAACCCGUAUCUCCGUUGAGGUUUGAGAGAAGAUGAAAGAGAAAGGGGGCAAGAUCACCUUUUUGUAAUCUAUAUAUGUGAGGUGUUUGUAACAUCUUUUGACCGGUUGGUGACGAUCAGAGAGGAUUACCAGAGGGUUGUAGAUAGAGAAAAAAAGUACAGACAGAAAAGGAGAUAUUGUCAUUCUUUUAUUUGUAACCAUAAAUCUUAGCUGAGGUGAAGACGUGAAGUCAUCUGUAAAUGGUCGGAAUAAUUAUUUACUAGAGAAGAGCCAAUAAUGAUAAUAACAGUGGGUGGAAGGUGCAUUUACACUU